CGACGUGUGCUCUUCAGUGGGCUUACUGCACAUCACCCACAGUCCCCGAACAGUGGGGGGAGGGGACGGAGAUUGAACGGGUGCCCGGUGGAGGUGGCGCGGGGUAAGCUGGGAAAGUCGUGUCGUGUGCUGGCUCCACCCACUUCCCCGAGGGUGGGGGAGAGCCGUAUAUAAGUGCCGUAGUCCCCCUGAACGUUCUUUUUCGCAACGGGUUUGCCGCCAGAAUACAGGUGUCGAGAAAACCACCACUAAAUCAAAGCCAAAAUGGGAAAGGAAAAGACGCACAUCAACAUUGUGGUUAUUGGACAUGUAGAUUCCGGCAAGUCUACCACUACUGGCCAUCUGAUCUACAAAUGUGGUGGGAUUGACAAAAGAACCAUCGAAAAAUUUGAGAAGGAGGCUGCUGAGAUGGGAAAGGGCUCCUUCAAGUAUGCCUGGGUCUUGGAUAAACUGAAAGCUGAACGUGAGCGUGGUAUCACCAUUGAUAUCUCCCUGUGGAAAUUCGAAACCAGCAAAUAUUACGUGACCAUCAUUGAUGCCCCAGGACACAGAGACUUUAUCAAGAACAUGAUUACGGGGACGUCUCAGGCUGACUGUGCUGUCCUGAUCGUUGCUGCUGGUGUUGGUGAGUUUGAAGCAGGUAUCUCCAAGAAUGGGCAGACCCGUGAGCAUGCCCUUCUGGCUUACACGCUGGGUGUGAAACAGCUGAUUGUUGGUGUUAACAAAAUGGAUUCCACUGAGCCACCCUACAGCCAGAAGAGAUACGAGGAAAUUGUUAAAGAAGUCAGCACCUACAUUAAGAAGAUUGGCUACAACCCUGACACAGUAGCAUUUGUGCCAAUUUCUGGUUGGAAUGGCGACAACAUGCUGGAACCAAGUGCUAAUAUGCCUUGGUUCAAGGGAUGGAAAGUCACCCGGAAAGAUGGCAGUGCCAGUGGAACCACACUGCUUGAAGCUCUGGAUUGCAUCCUGCCACCAACUCGUCCAACUGAUAAGCCCCUGCGUCUGCCUCUCCAGGAUGUCUACAAAAUUGGUGGCAUUGGUACUGUCCCUGUGGGCCGAGUGGAAACUGGUGUUCUCAAACCUGGCAUGGUGGUCACCUUUGCUCCAGUCAAUGUUACAACUGAAGUAAAGUCUGUUGAAAUGCACCAUGAAGCUUUGAGUGAAGCUCUUCCUGGGGACAAUGUGGGCUUCAACGUCAAGAACGUGUCUGUCAAAGAUGUUCGUCGUGGCAAUGUGGCUGGUGACAGCAAAAAUGACCCACCAAUGGAAGCUGCUGGCUUCACAGCUCAGGUGAUUAUCCUCAACCAUCCAGGCCAAAUCAGUGCUGGAUAUGCACCCGUUCUGGAUUGUCACACAGCUCAUAUUGCUUGCAAAUUUGCUGAGCUGAAGGAAAAGAUUGAUCGUCGCUCUGGGAAAAAGCUGGAAGAUGGCCCAAAGUUUUUGAAAUCUGGCGAUGCUGCCAUUGUUGACAUGGUUCCUGGCAAGCCCAUGUGUGUUGAGAGCUUCUCUGACUAUCCUCCUCUGGGCCGCUUUGCUGUUCGUGACAUGAGGCAGACAGUUGCUGUUGGUGUCAUCAAAGCAGUGGACAAGAAGGCAGCUGGAGCUGGCAAAGUCACCAAGUCUGCCCAGAAAGCUCAGAAGGCUAAAUGAAUAUUACCCCCAACACCUGCCACCCCAGUCUUAAUCAGUGGUGGAAGAACGGUCUCAGAACUGUUUGUCUCAAUUGGCCACUUAAGUUUAAUAGUAAAGGACUGGUUAAUGAUUACAAUGCAUCGUAAAACCUUCAGAAGGAAAGGAGAAUGUUUUGUGGACCAUUCGGUUUUUUUGUGUGUGUGGCAGUUUUUAAGUUAUUAGUUUUUAAAAAUCAGUACUUUUUAAUGGAAACAACUUGACCAAAAUCUGUCACAGAAUUUUGAGACCCAUUAAAACAAAGUUUAAUGAGAAACCUGUGUGUUCUUUCAGUCAACACUGUAAUUUUCUUUUUAUGUUAUUUAGGUUAAAAGUACCCCAUAACCUAUUUCUGGUGUUAUAUUUGCUGAUGAUUCAGAAUUGGAUAAAUCUGUUAGGGUUUUUCUUUCCUGGGUGGGAACUUUUUCGCCUUGUCCUGGGGGAAGGAAUCUGUUUUAAGUAGUAAAAGCUGUGGGAGGGGCUCUGGUGCAACACUAAAUAGGUUAGGAUAAAGUAACUGUUUACGUGUAAGCUAGUUUAUAAAGGCCAAAUUCUGGUAUAGUAAGUCCACAUGUGUUUCAUAUAAAAGUUUUGUAGUUAACAUCAAGUAAAUUUUGUUAAUGUCAAAUCGAGUUUCCAUUUUUACUGAAAUGUGAAUUCACGUUUACAGAUGAUGAGCUAGUUUAAAGAACUUAAAAUGAGGUUUAACUAGUAUUGAGCACUGUCUUGCUACAGUUAAUUGUAUCUAGAUUCUAGGAAAAAAUAAAUGAUACUGGAAGUUGAGUGUGUUUUGUCACUUUAAAUACUUAUGAAAGUGUCCACUUUCAAUAAGUUGGAUAAAGCAACAUUGCCACAUGGAGGCUAAACCUAGAGUUUAAAGAGGUGGAGUGGCAAAUUAGUGUAAAUGAGGGGGAAGGACCUAGUUUGGAAAUUUUGCUUGGUGCCACUUGAACAUUACACCAUUCAAAGUUAACAAAGUUGCUAAAAUUUGUUGGACACCAAAAGUGAACACUUAAAGGAUAAAAUUUAGUAAGUUGCAUGCAAUGAUUGGUUACAGGGGAAGAUAGGUGUCAUUUGUUACUAGAAUGUUUACUUGGGUGUGACAGCUGUCAGUAAAAGUCUUGCAUUUGAUAGUGUUAGGGCACGAGGCAUUCCAAAAGUCUGAAAUUAGGAUAUAUACCCAGUUGAAAGUGGCAAAAUCACAUCUAUGUUACGUGGUUAAGGUUAUGUGAGGAUGGAUCCUGUUAAUUUUCAAGUUGAUUACAAUUUGAAAUGUCUUUAGAAACUACUAGCUGAAACGUUGAUGACGUGUAAAGAGUAUUAAAAGACUUGUUACAUGAGGCAACUCUACCCCUUAGGGUUUUACAACUAUGUUGCAUAUUUACAGUGAUAAGUUUUAAAAAGCAGGUGACUGAUAGAAAAGCAAAUUUAACACACUUGUAAGCCCGACUAGCGUAGGGUCUACUGUCCAAUCUCCCACAUCAAUGUCUAACUGCAGAGAAUAGGAAGGAUGGCAAGGAGAGUCCAGGAAGUGAGUUUACCUAGAUACAUGCAUCUUCACAACUCUUACAUGUAAGUUAAUUGCACCACCUACUGGUGGUCAGUCACUACAAAUUGUUUUAUAUUUCAUGGAUUGUUUUGCUUUACUGAGUUCUUAAACCUAACGGCAUUUCUUUGAGUUUUAAUUGAUUAAAAAGGAACUACUAGAGUGGCUUCAUAAAACCAGAACAAACUGGUGCAUUAAAACCACUUUUAAAGGUUUUCUUUAGAAAGGGAAAGGGAGAGAAAUAUCUGGUUGCCUGUCACAUGGACCUCACUGGGGACCUGAUUGGGAAUCAAACUGGCACCCCUUUGGUUUGCAGCCUGGGCUCAAUCCACUGAGCUAACACCAGCUGGGCUGAAAACCAGUUUUACAUUUUAAAUUGCCCACAUGCUAUAAUAGCUGUAAAGGUCUCAGAAUCUUACUGAGAUUUGUUCCCAGGAACACCGGUGUGGCUUUAGAAUAUGAAAAAAAAUUGGAAAGGCAACCUGGUUGAGUGAGGAGUUAAGCACAGAUUAUCUGUAGGGCAUGUCUGAUUUUUUAAAAACUUUUUAUUCUGUGCCCUUCAAUAGGCAGUGCAAAAUAGCGAAGUUUUGGUCAUUUCAGAACACAAUUAUACCCUCACCUUUUCUGUAGUUAACCCUAUCGAUUCACUUCCCAUAUCUCAGGUACAUCAAGAACUCAGUUAUUGAUCAAGAACCCAGACUAGUAUUGACAAUUUAUACUGAACUACUAACAUUUAACCCAGUCUUGUUGCUUUUACAAUAAGGAAUGCAUGCGGUUAUUACUUUGCCAACAUUACCUUGGGGUUGUAGUGACUUAGCAUUUCUGUCUUCCUGUGGUGAUUCCAAAAAACUUCAUUUAGAGGUUCUGACUUAAAUAUCCCUGGCUCUGAUCAGAUUAUCUACAGCUAACAGCUCUCCCAUAGCAUUAAGAAACACCUAAAAUCGCCUUAGUAUCUUGAAUAUUUGGUAUUUAAAAGUUUCCUUUAGGCAAAAUGUAAAUUGACCAUAAUUUCGCAGGAAAGGGUCAAUGGUUACAUUGCUAAAUAGGAGGUUGACUAAGGUCUGGUGUAGCAGUAAGGUGGGCACUGCAGAAGCAGUUUUCUCAAGAACAUAAAUUCAUUUGUUUUUUUGAGUUCUGGUUCUGCCCAAUAAAGGCUAUUAACUGUACAAA